UAUUAAACAUUUUACACGUUAAUUUUCACGCAUGUAUUCUGAUAACUCCCCUACUAAUUUUUGCUGUGAAAUAAAAGAAUUGUACUAAAAAUUUCUUACAUGAUCUAGCACUCGUUUGUUCUGUCAUUUAUCAAAGUUCGAAACAGAACGGAAGAAUUAAAUUUUCAUCGUUGUUUGUAUUACAGUUAAUUAAAUAAAAUGCCAUCGGCUCUGUUAGCAGAUACCAUUGCUUUAGGAUUAGAAGCUCAAGAUCCAUGGCCUCAACAAAUUACUGUAUAUCAGCCAUAUGAUGUUGAACAAAUAUUAUUGCCUGACAGUGCAAAUUGUUUAGCUGUACAAGCUUUUCUCAGAAUGUGCAAAAUUGACUUCCAAUUAGAAACAAGAAGCAAUGCUGAAUAUAUGUCUCCUUCUGGACGUGUACCAUUUAUAAAAUGUGGAGCAUUUAUAAUAUCUGAGUUUGACAAUAUUGUGUCAUUUAUAGGAAAUAAAGGCAUAAGUUUAUCAGAACAUUUGUCUGCAACUUGUAAGGCAGAUAUGAGAGCUUACAUGUCACUGGUGGACAAUGUAUUUUUUAAUGCUGAAUUAUAUAUCUGUUGGGUUGAUGAAGCAACUCUAAAUGAAGUGACUAAACCAAGACAUGGUAGUGUGUACCCUUGGCCUUUAAAUCACUUUUUAAAUUGGCAGAAAAGGAAAGAGGUUAUUAAAAAAUUAAAUGUACUUGGCUGGUACAAUAAAACUAUAGAAGAAGUAUGUAGUGAUGUCAACAAUUGUUGUACAAUAUUGUCCGAAAGACUAGAGGGUAACGACUAUUUUUCUGGAGAAGAGACACCCAAUGAAUUGGAUGCCUUAGUGUUUGGACAUAUAUUUACAAUAAUCACAACACCUCUACCUGGUAAUACACUGGCAAGGAUUGUCAAAAGUUAUCCGCUGCUUAUACAUCUCUGCGAACGUAUUGAGACUAGGUAUUUCAAACGUUCGGAAGAUUAGGACAAAUUACACUCGGAUUUCGGAUAUGUUGAAAUCAGAUAUUCUGAAUGCACUGAUGUUAAGUUCCUGUGUUAUGCGUGUAAACUGGACGUAGAAAAAAGUAAACACAUAAAAACGAAAAUGUGUACUAUUGUCUGAAUAUAAUUUAUUUUUCUUAACAGACAAAUUUGAUGAAAAUAUAUUUUUAAUGAUUUAUUAAUGAUACAAAACAUGUACCAAUUGUAUUGCACAUUACAAAUGUGCAAGAUGUUAUGCACACUCAACAAAUCCGAAGUCCGAGUUUGAGAGGGUAGUAAAUGUCAUAGAAGUUAAGUAGGUAUUAAUAUAGUUAACUUGUUGUAGCUGUUGAAUAUGCAAAUUAUAUUAAUGUUGAACAUGAAGUAUAGUUGAAUGUAUUAUUCAUAAUACAUAAUACUGCACGUGACAUUUUUCAGCAUUUUUUCUCCUCAAACGAUAGGGGUCAAAUAAAGUAACAAAAUGUUGGAGGCGAGAAUUAAGUAAUACGACUUUGGAGAUUUCCAAAUGUAUAUUCUCCGAAAACGGCAGGAAUGCGUAACCGAUGAAAGG